AUGAUGGCCUCGCCCGACUCCCCCGCUGCGUCUGUUAGCAGCCGCAGCUCCUCCCGCGCCUCGGACCACGGCCGUCCACUAUCCCUCGAGGAACUCGUCGAGCACUUCGUCGCCGCAAAGCGUUCCCUGAACUCCCAGACGCACCUCUGGCAUGCCAACCAGCUCGUCACCGCGGCCCGUCAACUCACCGAGGAAAAUGCCAUCGUUGCCGCCAAGACCUCCGCCAUCAGGAACAUGGUCGAUGAAGAGGUGGACAAGCUGGAAGCCGUCCGUCGCGGCAUACACCUCCUCGAGGCCGACACUCAACGAGAAUACAAGACCAUUUUGCACAACCUCGAUGUAGCCCGGUCCGGACUGGAGUCUACUUUCAAAGUCCUGCAGGAAACUCCCUUGGAAGCCGCCCUUCAACCUCCCGGCACCCCACAGAAGUACCUCUACGAUACCAUCGAAACCGCCGGAGUCACCCAUCUCCACGACAAACUGCGAGCGUGUAUCGACCGCUGGAAUGCCGGCACGGCGAGCGUCAGAGAAACCGAGGACGCGUUCAAUACAGCCUUGAACAAUCUCCAAUCCUCCAUUGACAGCGUGCCGAGCACUCCCACCAGGGACUACUCGCCCGGCCGGAUACCGACCCUAUACUACGAAUUGGAGGAGCAUGCGAGAGAGGUGGCACAGCAAUUCCAGAUGCUAGUGCGGCACUAUGAUCUCUGCGUCACUGCGCUCCGGGCCACCGAAGGGGGUGCAGAUGCGGCAACCGAGGCCGUCGGCGACGCACCGCAGCCUUCUGGCCAGGAUACUUCUGGGCCCCCUGUUCCGUUGAGCGAGGAAGAGCGCCUGAAGGUCCUUACCAUAGUGAAACAGGAUGCUUCAGAAGUGGAGGAUGUCGUGGCAGACAUCCGUGGUCUCGUAACGGAAAUGAGUGCAUUGCAGGAACAAAUCGAAACCCACAUUAACCAUCAGCGCCGGGAGGACGCUGCGCUGGGCGGAGUGCUGCGGAUGAUGGCGCGCGUGGCGGCAGAGGCGAGGUCGCACGUUGAAAGAGCUCGGUCAUUUCAGACUGCAUGGCUGGAGGACAUUCGACCUACGCUGCUCGAAGGCAUCGACGAAUGGGAGGAGCAGCGAGAGUUCUUCGAAAAUUUCGAUCUCGCCUACGCAGAACUGCUGGUCGAAGUGGCAUCGCGGCGACGACGGUACGAGAAGAUCAAGCGCAAAGCAGAGGAGGCGCAGAGAGAGUUGGACAAGCUGUAUGCUGAAGAGGAGCGCGCACGCGAGCAGUUUAUGCGAGUCCAAGGCAGGUUCCUCCCUCGCGAUAUAUGGCCAGGCCUGCACCAUCCGCCGCGAAAAUACGAAGUACGCCCUGUGGAUCGUGUGGGCGAUGAGCAGGAGCCCCAAAAGUCAACGGAAAUCAUCCCUCAACUCGCCAGGAACGUCGUGGAGCGCGCGUUGACCAGAGUCAAGAGGCGGAUGUGA